UCGUCCAGUGAUCAGCUGGUAAGCACAUGGAACAGGAGUCGAAUCAGAUUGACAGGCAAUAUGUGGAAGGUAGGAGGUGAAAAAUAUCUUGUGGGGACAGUUAACAAGUACUUUACUGAAAAAGUACGAUACACAGCAUCGAAAAGAGCUAUAUCAUGUGUGUCCUCAACAGUCGCUGACCAGUGGCCGAAGCCCAGCCCAAUCGAUGACAGAUGGCCAAACACCGUGAAUCAAAUGCCAUGCUAUAAAUCAACAAAGGUUGGACUCAAUAUCGCUGUUCAUCUAACAGUUCGACAUUUUAGUGUGUCUGUACUGCAUCAAAGUCAAGCUGCCACAGUCAAGGUUGAUAACAGAGGUGCGAGUGACCCCACCCCUCAAGGAAUCCAGGGAGAUGACUGUGUUAACUUUCGGUUGUGGAUGGAAAGUUGUCAACGUUACGGACUUCCAGGCUGUGACGAACAAGCCAAUCACAUAGUGUCUGGACGCAAAACUCUAUCUGAAGUAUUUCGAGAACAAGAACAGGUCAUUAUAGACAUUGCCAGAAAUUAUUCACAGGUCAAGAAAAAGAAAAAAGUUGAAAGUGAAAAGCAAAUUUCACACCAAGGAGUUCAAGGGGAUUGUGGGUACUGUGCACCUGUUGAUUCUUCUGAUAGCUGCAUUCAGGGAGUACAGGGCCUUAACAUCUUAGAUAGCCUAGUGAACAUUGCCUCCCCACAAGGAAUACAAGGGGACGAAUGUGUGCAGUUCAAACUUUGGCUGGAAAACUGUCAUCGGUUUGGACUCACAGGGGAGUGCGAGGAACAACUUAACAGUAUCAAGAAAGGAAGAAAAACACUAGCACAAAUAUUUGAAGAGCAGGAUAUUCUUAUAAGGAAAAUCGUUCAAGAGUACAAAUCUAACAGGUCCAAAACUGAAUUAAGUUGAUAAUGAUCAUGAUGAUGGAUGCUUAAUGACCUAACUGUACUACAUUGAUUUGUUAACCUUUUUAAAGAGCAGAACUUAAAAGACCUUAAAUCCUGUUGAAAAGUGUUGUUAACUUUUGUAAAAAUCUAAUCUGAUUAAAAUUGGCAUUUAAAUUAAAGCAAUAGUGUAUCAGAACAGUUUUUUUUAUUCAGAUUGUCUAAAAAUUGUGUAAGAAUAGUAUAGCUUUAUUACAAUGUACAUGUAGUAGAAAAUUAAUAAAUGUAUAAUGUAUAUAAUAUAUUAUAAUGAUUAAGUUUUGUGUGUAUUCAUCAGUGGUAUGAUAAAAAAUGUAUUUAUAAUUCUUAUAUUUGCUGAUUUGAAAGGUGGUUAAUAUUUACGUUAGAGAGUACUCCAUGUACAAGUAUUAUAAAUUCCGGUGAUUUCAGCAGUGCCAGACUUUUUAUAAAGUGAAAAGAUUGCCCUGUAAAUUCAGUUCAAUAUAUUUUGUUUAAUAUGCUUUUGCAGAUUUUCAUUUUCAAUACUAGACAUGUCUUUUUUUAAUACACAUAUCACAUACACAAGCAUGAAUAAUUCAAGAUUCUGUAUGUUUUUCCUAGUUGAUAAAAUGUUAAUUUUCCUAGCAAAUUGGUCCUCAUUUUGCUAAUAUUUUUUCAUGUUUUUCUUAGAAAUAUUUCAUGAUUGAAACAAUUAAUAAUAUAAACCUACAAAGUUUUAUAUAAAUGAUAAAAAAUGAAGAUUAUUGAAAAAAUAUUAUAUGUAUUCAUAUAAAAAAUGUUUAUGUUAUGUAUCCAAUUGCAAAUAAAAUGAUUUAUUCACAA